AUGUCACGCCCCUUCCCUUACACCUUCAUAUCUUGUCCUUGCGCCAAUAUCCCCUCGCCGCAGAAAUCCAACAACCCCGAUCAACCCAAACCUCUCCUGCGCCCGGAUGACGACGAAGAUGAACAGGCUUUCGAUCCUCGGUCUCCGCGCGCCAAUUUCUCUCUGUAUCCCCCGGAGCAGCUGCUUUACUGCGAGGAUUGCCAUCAGAUCAAGUGCCCGCGAUGCAUAACCGAGGAGAUUGUGUGCUGGUACUGUCCGAACUGCCUGUUCGAGACGCCCAGCAGUAUGGUCCGGAGUGAGGGAAAUCGAUGUGCUCGCAAUUGCUUCAAUUGCCCGAUAUGCACCGCCCCUCUGGGCGUCAACACCCUCGAAAACGUCGUGACAGGCGGCACCAGCCAACAAGGCCCCUGGGUGUUGUCCUGCGGAUACUGCAUGUGGUCGACGCUGGAUAUUGGCAUCAAGUUCGAUAAACCGACCAACAUUCGGACUCAAUUGUCCAAGAUGACCGAAAUCACUCCUGCUCGCUCGAGACAAAUGUCCCGGACGUUCGGGGAUCUCAAAUCUCCCCUCUCCACAUACUCUUCUAUCGACGAGCACUUCCCACCGCCAGGAGAGAAUAAGCCCGAAGACUCUCCUCUAGACCAGCCCAGCGCUCCUCUCACCCCAGAUGCCCGAUUCCACGCACUCAAGAACUUCUACAAGAACCAAAUCUCUGCGACAUCCUCCUCCCCAACCGACCCCCUAGGCAUGGACUUCGGCUCCGGCUUCUCCUCCCCCGGUGCCCUAAACCGCAUCAUGUCUCUCUACACCUCCUCAUCCCGCCUCAGCAGCCUCUACGGCGGAGCCAACAAAAAGCCCAAAACCAAACCACCCGUCAUGCGAGAGGCCCUCACAGCCAGCGAGGGGCUCAAGAUCCCCUCCCCAGACGCCGAAGACACGCUGAUCCAACGCAUGUCCUCCCCGGACUGCGGAUGGGACGGCCUCGCCUCCAUCGAACAACGCGGCUUCCAAUCUCCUGAUGCCCGGUUCGUAGAGGACCUCCUCCCGCUGCCCGUGUUACUUCGCACGAAGCGGUCCAAACGAUGCAAGUCGUGCAAGCACAUCCUUGUCAAACCCGAACUGAAACCACAGUCCACGCGGUUCCGCAUCCGCCUGAUUGCCCUCAGCUACAUUCCCUUACCGACGUUACGGCCGCUGAAUCCCAGUCCCUCCCCAGCCACCACCACCACCACUACCACCGUUCUCCCGACGCCCUCAAGUUCCACGACGAACCCGAACCUGGACGCUCUCUCCCCGCUCCGACCCAUCCAACUCCUCCUCACGCUGAAGAAUCACAUGUUCGAUCCCGUCCGCGUCACACUCGCCACGCCAUCCGUCACCCCGGGCCGCGUGGCCUCCAAAGUAACUAUCCUCUGUCCGCAAUUCGACAUUGGCGCCAACAGCGAUGUGUGGGACGAAGCCCUCCAGGGUACUUCGGCUACCACUACUACCACUGCUGCCGCGGGCACAGGAACUGACCCCCGCGGAUCCCGAUCCGGAGGGCUAGGCGUGUAUGAGAAAGUCGCCGAGGCCGGGAAAGUCUGGGACAAAGGACGGAACUGGACCACCGUGGUGUUGGAAGUCGUACCAGGGACAUUACCUGGUGACAUCUGAUCCCAACCAGCAGUUACAGCCGGAUGAAGAUGUGCUGGAGAUUCCGGUGUUUGUGCAUAUGGAGUGGGAUUCGGAUAAUCAGAUAGAUAGUGAACAGGCGGUCGGAAGGGCCGGGACGGGUGGGAGUGAUACGGUUAAGAGGGAGUUGGCGUAUUGGAUGGUGUUGGGGGUGGGGAGAAUUAUAUACAUAUACCGUAUUUUCUUUUUACUAAUUCUCAUUUCCAGAGCAUACCAUAGUAUCAAAUGCUGGUGGUAUGAGUCCCAACUACGCUACAUUUACAAAACAACAUGGAAAUAUGCUACUACUACUACUACUACUACUACUACUACUACUACUACUACUACUACUACUACUACUACUACUACUACUACUUCCCCAGAAAAUCAAUACACCUGGAAAAGGAAGUCAGAAAUCAUACACUCGACAUCACAAUGCAUUUUCUUUUGA